CGGCGGCGACUGAGCUGUUUGCUGCAGCUCCUGUGCGUAAACGCCGCGGCUGAGCCCGCCUCGUCAGCCGGCGAGUUGAGUGGCGAGAGGGGGUGUGUUUCCGCGAAAGUUGGUGACUGACGCUUGGCACUGUGAGGACACAGCGCGAAUGUAAGAACCCUUCUGCAGCGCGGAGAGUGCUAGCCCAGCUGAUGUUCCUGCAGCACCUCGCAUUUGCUUGGGCGCUGUGCAGGGAACGAGGCCGAUGUGCCCACCUGUGCGGUGACCCUUGUACUGGGUUGACCGACGAUCUGAAACUUCGGGAAACUUCAGGCCUGUAACUCACCUUACUGAGUGCCUACAGUUGCAGUUCUAGGGCCAGGGUUCCCAUAGACAUCCUCCAGGGGCCCUGUAAAUCACUUCUACGUUGUCAUAAGUGCCUUGUUAGCAGUCGUCCUGGGUACUUUGAUCGUGCUGGGAGAAAGGACGACCCGGAGGAUUUUAUGACACAUCUCAGUUUAAUAAGUUUGUCUGAUAAGACAGCUAAGAAAUGGCCUGCCUUUGGCUUUGGGUUUUGUAUCCAUAAUUUAUUGUGGCUGGGGGUUAGGGAGUGGUGGUGAAUUUGAGGAAAUGGCUGGUGAGCCCUGGGGCCAGAAUUUGGACCCCGCUGUAAAAACCUCGUUAGAGGCCUUAGGUUUUUAUCCUGAACGCUAGCAGCAGCUAAUAAAAGAAUCCUUGAAGCCCCUGUGGAGAAAUCUAAUAAAGUUGAGAUAUGAGUCAGGGAGACUGAAAAUUUAUGAAAUAGGAUAGUUGAGAGAGUCUGUGUUUGCAAAAUACAGUAUGAACGACUAUGCAAUGUGUUUACUAUACCCUGGGUCUUUAUAGACAUCAUAACUAACUCACAUCUGACGGUGUCAUCAUUUUAUCUACACUGUUGUUAAUACUAAUAGAACAAAACGCAUGAUGUUAACUACGUGCUAGCAUUUUCCAUAUAUUAACUCUUUUAAUGCUCUGAAUUAUGUUACUUAUUAUGUUACUUAUUUUAAAAGAGAAGAAACUGAGGUGCUGAAAAGUGGCUUACCUGGGCACAAAGCUUGUAAGUGUCAGAGCUAGGACUUGAACUUAGUUUGGUUUCAGAAUUCAUGCCCCUAAUUAUCCUGCUAUACCUGUGAAUGCUACUUAUUCAGAAAGUACUUCUGGAGCAUCUACUUUGUGCCUGACAGCAUGCUAUGUACUGGGACCAUGAGAGUGAAUAAGAUGCAUUGUCCUGCCUUCGUGGAACUUAAGUUUUAGCAGAGGAGACCAAUAUUAAACAUUGUUUCCUAAGUGUGGUAAGUACUUUGAAGAAGUGGGGGAUGUCGUGUGAAUGAAUGUGGGAUGGAGGGAUAUAUAGGGGAUAGUCAGGAAAAGUUUUGCUCUGCAGGAGUGAAGAUUAAUGGAGUUAAUUUGGUCCAAGAGAGGUAAUAAAGAAGAGUAAUCCAGCUAGAGAGAAGAACCUGAAGUGGAAGGAAGGAGCCUGGCCUGUUUAAGGAACUGAGCCAUUGUCACUACAGAAUGGGAGUGAAGGGAAGAGGUAUGAGACACUUUAGCACAGAUGGUGACCAUGUUUAGAUAUUAGCAAUCGCAUGUGUGUGUGUUUGCAUUUGAAAAUGGCAGAGGGAAACAACAGUGAAGAGGUAAUUCAUUUGAACAACUUUCACUGCCACCGGGGACAAGACUGGAUCAAUCUCAGAGAUGGGCCCAUCACCAUAUCUGACUCCUCUGAUGAGGAAGGGAUUCCCAUGCUGGUCACCCCGGCUCCUCAGCAACAUGUAGAAGAGGACCUGGAUGAUGAUGUCAUCCUGACAGAAACAAAUAAACCUCAGACAUCACGGCCCAAUCUCAUCAAACCAGCUGCCCAGUGGCAAGAUCUGAAAAGGUUGGGAGAAGAAAGGCCUAAAAAGUCUAGAGCAGCUUUUGAAUCAGAUAAGAGCAGCUGUUUUUCAGUUUGUAACAACCCAUUGUUUGAUUCUGGGGCACAGGAUGAUUCCGACGAUGACUACGGUACGUUUCUGGAUCUUGGGCCUCCUGGAUUCUCUGAAUUUACUAAGUCAAGUGGCCAAACAGAAAGAGAACCCAAACCUGGACCAAGUCAUAAUCAAGCAGCAAAUGACAUUGUUAACCCCAGAUCAGAGCAGAAAGUCAUUAUCUUGGAAGAAGGUAGCCUUCUUUUCCCAGAAAAUGACCCUUUGGAAACUCAGAACCAGUCAUCUGAAGACUCAGACACAGAGCUUUUGUCAAAUCUUGGAGAAUCAACUGCUAUAGUAGAUGAUCAGGCCAUUGAAGAGGAUUGCUGGUUAGACCAUCCUUACUUCCAGUCUCUAAUAAAUCAGCAGCCCCGUGAGAUAACAAACCAGGUUGUUCCUCAGGAACGGCAUCCUGAAGCAGACCUGGGCCCAUUGUUGUUUCAGCAUGAACUCCCAGGACCAGCUUUUCCAAGACCAGAACUCCAGCAGGAUGGAAUUCCAGGCCCCGCUUCUCCUCAGCCUGCCCAUCCUCUAGGAGAGCUAGAAGACCAACAGUUAACAACAGACGAUGACGAGCCAGGUCCAGCCUUUCCACUACAAGGAUCUCAGGAGCCCAGUUUGGAAAAUAUUUGGGGACAAGAAGCUGCUGAGAUAGAUCAAGAACUCGUUGCACUAUUAGUGAAAGAAACAGAAGCAAGAUUUCCAGAUGUAGCAAAUGGAUAUAUUGAGGAAAUAAUUCAUUUGAAGAAUUAUUAUGAUUUGAAUGUACUUUGUAAUUUUCUUCUGGAAAAUCCAGAUUAUCCAAAGAGAGAAGAUAGAAUCAUUAUAAACCCCAGUAGCAGCCUGCUGGCCAGCCAAGAUGAGACAAAGUUACCUAAAAUAGAUUUUUUUGACUAUUCUAAAUUGGCUCCUCUUGACCAACGCUGCUUCAUCCAAGCUGCUGACCUACUGAUGGCCGACUUCAAAAUGCUGAGCAGUCAGGACAUCAAGUGGGCCCUGCAUGAGCUUAAAGGACACUAUGCAAUCACCCGAAAGGCCUUUUCUGAUGCCAUUAAAAAAUGGCAGGAGCUGUCGCCAGAAUCCAGUGGAAAAAGGAAGAAGAGAAAAGAAAUGAAUCAGUAUUCUUACAUAGAUUUCAAAUUUGAACAAGGUGACAUAAAAAUAGAAAAGAGGAUGUUCUUUCUGGAAAAUAAGCGGCGACAUUGUAGGUUCUAUGACCGGCGUGCCCUCCUUCCAGCUGUGCAGCAAGAGCAGGAAUUCUAUGAGCAGAAAAUCAAAGAGAUGGCAGAGCAUGAAGACUUUUUGCUUGCCCUGCAGAUGAAUGAAGAACAGUAUCAAAAGGAUGGUCAGCUGAUUGAAUGCCGCUGCUGCUAUGGGGAAUUUCCCUUUGAGGAACUGACACAGUGCACAGAUGCUCAUUUGUUCUGCAAAGAGUGUCUCAUCAGAUAUGCCCAAGAGGCAGUCUUUGGAUCUGGGAAGUCAGAGCUCAGCUGCAUGGAAGGCAGCUGCACAUGUUCAUUCCCAACCAGUGAACUGGAGAAGGUGCUUCCCCAGACCAUCUUGUAUAAAUACUAUGAGCGAAAAGCCGAAGAAGAAGUUGCUGCAGCCUACGCUGAUGAGCUUGUCAGGUGCCCCUCCUGUAGCUUUCCUGCUCUGCUGGACAGUGAUGUGAAGAGGUUCAGUUGUCCUAAUCCUCGCUGCCGAAAGGAAACCUGUAGAAAGUGUCAGGGACUCUGGAAGGAACAUAAUGGCCUCACCUGUGAAGAGCUGGCUGAAAAAGAUGACAUCAAGUACCGAACAUCUAUUGAAGAAAAAAUGACUGCUGCCCGCAUUAGAAAAUGCCAUAAGUGUGGGACUGGCCUCAUCAAGUCUGAAGGCUGCAACCGCAUGUCCUGCCGCUGCGGUGCCCAGAUGUGCUACCUCUGUCGAGUAUCUAUCAACGGGUAUGACCAUUUCUGCCAGCAUCCUCGCUCACCAGGAGCCCCUUGCCAGGAGUGUUCAAGAUGCUCUCUCUGGACGGACCCUACUGAAGAUGAUGAGAAGCUAAUUGAGGAAAUCCAGAAGGAGGCUGAAGAGGAACAAAAAAGAAAGAAUGGAGAAAACACCUGCAAACGCAUCGGUCCCCCGCUGGAGAAGCCCCCUGAGAAGGUACAGAGGAUGGAAGCCCUCCCAAGGCCCGUCCCGCAGAACCUGCACCCGCCGCAGAUGCCACCCUACGCCUUCGUGCACCCGCCUUUCCCCUUGCCGCCCGUGCGGCCCAUGUUUGACAACUUCCCACUCAACAUGGGUCCCAUCCCAGCACCCUACGUACCCCCACUACCGAACGUGCGUGUCAACUAUGAAUUUGGCCCUAUGCACAUGCCCCUGGAGCACAACCUGCCCAUGCACUUUGGCCCCCAGCCGCGGCAUCGCUUCUGACGGCCCAAAGCCCAGCCUACCCCCCAAACCCCCAUUGAGCAGUCUCACACUCAGUGCCUGGUGGGGAGUGUAGGAUAGAGAACCCUCCUCUCCCCCAGGACUGUGGCGCUGCCUGCUAAGUAGGGGUGACGGGUUUGGCUCUCGAGAAUGGGCUGGUAUUCUUCCCACUCCUUUCUUGGGAAGGGCCACUGCUCCUUAAAGAGUAGCCACAGCUGGUGGCCUCUGGGUGCCUGUUACAGGAUUGGUCUGGCUCUUACUGAGCCAGAGAUAAGGGGGCAGUGAAACCUCCUCCUGAAGAGUUCUACCAUUUUAGCGGCCAGCCCAGUGACCCUGGCUACAAGGUAGCCCUGUCUCUGCUUUGUCCCUGCAGAAGGAGAUGAAGAGGAAAUAAUUUACCUCCAUUCCUCUUCCCAUAGCAGACAACAGGAGAAGCUUGUGAGAAUGAAAAACCACAUAGGCCUUCAUUACCGCAGCACAGACAGAACCACAGUCAUGAUGAAAUAGCGAAUAGUGGAGCUUGGAGAGAGCUGACAGUUUUGAACUGCCACCCCCAGCCAAGGCCCUCCAGGAAUGGCCCUUCUGCUCCAUGCCCAUGGUUCAGGGGUCCAGGGCCCCUGCUGUUCCUCUUUGGAGCUGAGCCCUGGGGAAUGAAACAGUCACAGACAUCUCCCUCGAUGCCUAAGUCCAGAGCCCAAUGCCACAAUGAGGACCAUUCAGGGUCUCUCCUCUUCCCUCUUAAGGCCCAUUCAGAUCAGAUGGCAGCCGAGAACCAUCUCAUGGUAUGGGAUUUGUUCUGCCAUUUAUCCACACAAAUGUUUGCUCCUGUUGACUCACUUUGAAUUUGCCCAGCUUUCCAUGGUCUAGAGUUUCUCUUCCUCAGUCUCUAUAAAGUCAAACUGAGAAAUCGGUUCCCCAUGCCAGGCAGCUGCUGAGGGCUGGAUGGUCCUGUAACUUUGGCCAAACAAAAGAUCCUCUUGAGGUGGCUGUCACAGAGGCCUGGUGGCCCUCCCAGGCAGCCCAUUCAUCGGGGGGGACUUCUCUGCCACAAACUGGGUAAUGAACAGCUUUUCCCCUGAAGUUAUUUGGCAGUGGGGGAUAAGGGGGUGAGCUUCCCUAAGGGUACAGAUGACCAGAAUGCCACCUUACUGGGUGCCUGAGGGCAGCUCUUCCCUCCUACAUAUUUUCUCAGUAGUUUUUGGUGAAGGCAGGUAGAGGGUGACAUCCUCGCACCCUGGGGUGUGAGGGCAGCUGCCCUUGCUUGAAGUCAGAUGGAAGUCAGCUCUGGGCAUGUGCACAGAGGCCCUGCCUGGUCUCAUUCACCUUCCUCACCACCUGUCCCGCCUAGGGCUUUAGCCACAUCUGAGGCAUCACUCCAGGCCCAUUUGCCCAGCAGAGGCCUAAAGCCUCAGACUGCUCCACAGGGAGCCAGCCCUGCUGGCAGCAGACGUCACUUUCUCAUUCCGCAUUGGCCUUCCUUGUCCUUGUCUUUAUGUUGCCGUAGGGUUCCAGGGGGUUCAAAGUGCACAUAACUCAGAGAUGGGGGUGCCCCGUGACCUGUGGGGCUGCACUGCAUGUGGUCCCCUUGUGUGGCACUCUGCCCUCCUGCCGCAGGGGCUAGCACCACCCAGUGUGUCCAGGGCUGGCAGGCACCGUCACUCGCUGCCAUUGGUUCUCAGAUGUAUUGCAAGGAUUAAAGUGGGGAAAGGGUCUCCUAAGAUGCCUGUUCUUUCUGCCUUUCCUCAGAAUGGAGGCUUUGAAGACAGGCGGUUGCCUGGGCCAGUUGGGGGCACACGGGGGAGACCCCUGAUGGGCUGCCUGAACUUGGCUACUAGCCUGAAAGAUAGUGCCUUGGAAAGGUGGGCUCCAUGCGGCAGUGACAGUCCUCAACCUUAAAUGCCUAUUCCGUAUGUUUCCCCAGAGAGAAUCUCUAAGAGCAGAGACCAGCAGCAGAUAUCCUAGUGGAUAGGGAGGUGACCUCAAGUGCUGUCCCUCCAAGGCAUCUUGAGCCACCCUGUUGGCCUGUGACCCCAGUUCCAGCUGCCCUGCACCUGGUCGUAUGGCUCCAUUGGGGGCCAAGGCAGGACAUGGGGACUAGAUGCUUCUAGGGCAGCUACAAGGACAGCCCCAGGCAGGUGGCACUGCCACUGCACCUAGCAAGAUGCCGUGGCAUGGAGAGAAGGGAGACUAGAGGAUGUGUCCUUUGAGAUGACUUCUGCUUCUGGCCACACUUGGCUGCUAGGGAGGGAACUGCUGCCUUUCUCCAUUGAAGGUGUCUGGUUCUUAAUGAUCUUCCCAGAGCCGGCCUGCAGACCACGCACAAGGCUACAGACUAGCAUAGUUGCUGUUUCCAGAAGUGGCCGCAAGGGACCACCUCAGCCCUCCAGGCACCUCAGUGUUCCAGGGAUGGGCCUGGACCUUGGGCUCUUCCUGCCUGUACUAAUGAUGGGGUUAGAGAGAGAGGGGCUGGUGGUCCUCUGACCAGUGGCUGCGUAGGUGUCAUCACCAGGAGCCCAGAGGUCAGCCCCUGUCAGGGAACAAGCAGGAUUCCUUGAGGCAGCUGGCACCUUGACCCUCUGGGCCACAGGGCCUGCUCCCCAGGGCAACAGACUGCCCAGUAACAGUCCCGUUUUACUUGCCUUAAAACUGGAGAGAGGAAUCUAGUAUUUGCACUUAGCAAAAGAUUUAAAAACUGAAAGUGUGCAUGACCUGUCACUUUGUAUAAAAAUAGAAAAGAUUAAGUAGUUUAUUAAAUUUUUUUCUUUACCUUCUGGUAGUAAAAAUACAUAAAAUAAUUCUGUCUUGACUACUGUGUGUAAAAAGCCUGUAUCAUAUGUAACUUGGACUUUUUGUAAAUAAAUGUUUGUGCGCUCUGUU